AUGAUCAACCCCGUGAAACUUAUCGAGAUGGCAAGGAAGUGGCAAAGGCUGGCUGCCCUAAAGAGGAAAAGAAUUUUAUUACAAAGAAACAGUAGUAAUGCAAGUUCUAGCACCAGCAACAUGUCAUCAACAGUGGCAGAUAAGGGCCAUUUUGUUGUCUACACAGCUGAUCAAAGACGUUUCAUGUUUCCUAUCUCAUACCUUAACAACAACAUUGUUAGAGAACUCUUGGCAAUGUCUGAGGAAGAAUUUGGCCUGCCAGGCGACGGACCGAUCACAUUACCAUGUGAUGCAGUCUUCAUGGAAUAUGCAGUUUCUUUGAUCCAAGGGAGAGAUAAAGAAAUGGAAAAGGCUGUGCUUAUGUCACCACCGUAUCAUGACCGGCAGAAAAAUAAAGAAUCAGAAAGGCACCAGUUUGACAAGUAUGGCUGGUCUUAUUCUGGAGGACCAAAAGAACACCAAAGGAAAAGAAAAGAAAAGAAAAUGGGUGAAGUUGAUGAAGCAAACUCUACUCCUGUGACACCAAGACCAGCCUCAGUGGCACCAACGCCACCGAUAUCGGCUCCUCCGUCGCAAUUUCAUUCGCCAUCUUUGUCUAGAUCACCUUUGCUCUCACCUGAUCACAUUGUUCCAAGCAAAACCCCAAAAAACUCAACCCCAAGAAACUCAACCCCAAAAAUUGGGACCCCGAGAAGUGGAACCCCAAGAAUCAGAACACCUCGCUUUAUUACCCCUAUAGGGAGUCCUAUCAGAAGGGCUCUCCAACUCACAAGACUUGACCCUGAAGAUGCUUGGCUUCCUAUUACUGAGUCCCGAAAUGGAAACGCAUGGUACGCAGCGUUUCAUUGUCUUUGCUCUGGUAUUGGUUUUCAAGCACUUGUACUCCCUGUUGCCUUCACUGUCCUUGGUUGGGCAUGGGGCAUCAUAACCUUGACUGUUGCCUUCGCAUGGCAGCUUUACACACUUUAUUUACUUGUGCAACUCCAUGAAAACACUGAAACUGGCGUUCGUUACAGCAGAUAUCUUCAAAUUAUGAGUGCAAAUUUUGGCGAGAAGAAAGCAAAGUGGCUAGGCCUAUUUCCAAUCCUGUACCUAUCAAUAGGCACGUGUGUGGCUCUAAACAUAAUCGGAGGAUCAACAUCAAAACUAUUUUUCCAGACUGUAUGUGGUGAAUCGUGCACAGUCAAAACAUUAACACCAGUGGAAUGGUACUUGGUGUUUGCUAGUGCUGCAGUUCUUCUGUCUCAGCUGCCAAACUUGAACUCAAUUGCUGGUGUCUCCCUAAUUGGAUCCAUCACAGCUGUUAUGUAUUGCACAAUUAUGUGGAUGGUUUCUGUUAACAAGGAUAGGUUGCCUGGGAUCACAUACAAACCAGUUCGUGGACCAAAGGAAGUUGAUAGGCUUUUUGAAGUUCUUAACGCACUCGGGAUCGUUGCUUUUGCAUUUAGAGGUCACAAUCUCAUACUUGAGAUCCAGGCUACUAUGCCUUCAAGUGAGAAGCAUCCAUCCCGUGUGCCGAUGUGGAAAGGUGCCAAGGCUGCAUAUGCAGUUAUUGCAGCAUGUCUAUUCCCCCUUGCAAUUGGAGGCUUUUGGGCAUAUGGUCAAAGGAUACCAAAAAAUGGUGGCUUGCAAUCAGCCUUCUAUGCAUUCCGUAGGAGAGACACCUCACAAUUUAUAAUGGGACUCGUUAGUUUACUUAUCAUAAUUAAUGCUCUUAGCUCGUUCCAAAUCUAUGCCAUGCCAAUGUUCGAUCAGUUGGAGUCAAUUUUCACAAGGAGGAUGAAGAAGCCAUGCCAAUGGUGGCUCCGGGUGAUCUUGAGGGCGGUUUUCGGAUAUGGGGUCUUCUUUUUGGCUGUUGCAAUCCCAUCUAUUGGAAGCGUGGGUGGUCUAGUUGGAGGAAUAUCAUUACCAGUCACAUUGGCUUAUCCUUGCUUCAUGUGGCUUAGGAUGAAGAAACCAAAGAAGUAUGGCAAAAUGUGGUACCUUAAUUGGGUGCUAGGAAUCACUGGUUUGAUUCUAAGUGUCUCUUUGAUGGCUGCUGGAGUCUAUGUCAUCAAAGAGAAUGAUAGUAAAUUUCAGUGGUUCAAGCCCAAGUAA